UCUAGCUAUGCCUUGUAUCCUGUCAGUAAAGAUAAGAACAUCGUAAUAUACAUAUGACGGCCAUGAUCAGGACACCACAUGACCUUAACGAUGAAUUCUGUUUACAUUGUCGUCUUCGCGACAGUUGGUGUAGCCAUCGCUUUCUCCGGUAAUGAUGCAGAAUAUAUGCUACGCGAAAUCCAACAAAUCCGUCAGGAGCAUUUGGACGAGAUCAAGACAUAUCAACAGUAUAUUGAUUCUAUCAUAGAGGAAAACAGUAAAAUCAAACAACGAAUGGAUGUUCUUGAACGUGAAAACAUGAUGAUGUUUAAAAGACUUUCAACUCUUGAGGAUCAAUAUAAAGAUUACGAUAAUCGCAAAUUGAUAAACGUUCAAUUUGAUACGGCAGCUGCUAAUCUACAUACUGAAAUCAACGACAUCCAAUCAUCGCCAUUAAGGUCGAGAGACACUCCAGCGGAGACUCGCCAGCAAAUCACAAACCCAAGAGCCGAAGGUAACCGACCAAUCACGUUACCAGAAACAAGUUCAAAAACUAACCAACCAAUCAAGUUUCAAGAGACAAGUGCAAAAACUAACCAACCAAUCACGUUGAUCGACACGUCAUCGGAGACACACCAACCAAUCAUGUCGAUAGAUACAGAAGUUGAAACCAACAAACCAAUGCCAAGUCAAAACGAGAUUUCUUUUAUCACGCCAAAAAAAGGGAAACGUAUUUCUGAAGCAGGAGAAAGAGAUUCAGGAUGUUCCGACAUGAAGUUGACCAAUCGUGUCGGGUCUGUUACACAUGCAGUCGGGUUUUAUGCUGCCCUAGCCCCGGACGUAUCACUAGGAGACCAACAAGAUGUCAAAUUUGACCAUGUUUACACAAACCUUGGACAGGGGUACGAACCCAGAGACGGCCACUUCAGGGCUCCUGUCGCCGGUCUGUAUCUCUUGUCCGCUACAGUUCUCAGUGCUGGAGCUACGCCAGAUGACAUGUUACUGGAAUUGGUAAAAAAUGGAGCAAACGUUGGUCAGAUAUAUGCCACAAAGAGUUUGAACGAGGGUUCGAGAGUAAUCGUCCUUUCUCUUGACGUAGGGGACAUGGUUUGGGUUCGUCAUAUGAUAGGAGACCCAGGAACUGUCGCUAAUGGUUCCCAUUAUAGCACUUUCUCGGGCGUUCUGAUUUCAGCAUUUAGUAGUACAACUGCCAUUUAGCAAAUAAAUUAUCGGCAUGAAUGGUGUCCAUAAUGUCUUACAAGUAAUAAUUGAUAAGUGUUUUGAGUCCGAAAUAUCAGUAGAAUUAUGUACAUAUUUAAGUCUCUAAGUGAGAUCAAUGCUCAAUUGGAUAAUAGAAUCCAUUAAAAUAAAUCAAGUUGGCUCACAUGUAAAGGUACUAUGUAGGGAAGGUCUCAUUGGGUAUAUUAGAUAUUAUAAUUGUGUAUAGUUAUACAUUGCAUGUACACAUAACAAUUUUAAAAGAUUUCCUAAAAUUUCCAUAGCUUUUAAGAAAGUUUCUCAAUAUUUUCUAGGGAUUUUUAGAUUUCUUGAAAUGCAUCUUCAGUCUAUUGCUUCUAUUUUAUGUAGGAAAGGUCUCAUUGGAUAUAUUGGAGAUUAUAAUCGUGUAUACAUAUACAAAGACAUGUCGCUUAUCAAGUUCUUUAUUACCUUGGAGUCUUCCGACUCAUCAGUAUUAUACAAAUACAUUAUUAUACACAUUUAAAUAACAUUGAAAAUGUAAAAGAAUAAUAAUUACGUAUAAGAGACUUUAUACUCGGAGAGUUAAUGAAAUUCUUUUGGCAUUAGCCUCUUGUCGUACACAAUCGAUUUAGAUGAUCAUGUACUUUUCAAGAGCUGCUCGCUGACUUCUGGCCAUCUUCCAAUGAAAAUGACCAGUGUUAUCACUUAUUUUGCCUAUCUAUGCAGGCCAACUUUUCUUUUAAUACACAUUACAAAUUUAAAAUAUUUCUUAAAUUUUUCACAGCUUUUUAAGAAAUAUUUUGAAAUAUAUUCUAGUGAUUUUUAGAUUUCGUGUAAUGCAUCUUCAGUCUAUUGCUUUUCCUAGGUUGUAAUGCACAGUGUCCUUUAUACACUAGUGCUGUCCUCAAUAAAACUCUUACAUAUGUCGUCCACAUACCACAGACGUCUGCUUCUGGUAAGUAUUAAUAUAAAAACAAUAUUAGACCCUACUAAUACUUAAUAGUAGAAGUAGGGCUAUCAUUUUUAUAUCAAUACUAGCCAGAAGCAGACGUCUGUGCGUGUACCGAUGGUCUCUACACUAGUCCCCUCACUAAUAAGACCCUUCCUUGCAUCGUGCCGUGUAACGAUGGUCUAUAUUUAUUCACAAAUGCCCUAACUAUUAAGACCCGUACAUACAUCCUUGUUGGUUAGUUCUAGAGAUAAGAAUACUAUUGAGCGUUGUUGCGGUUAUUGACGUCACUAAAUGGUGUUUGUUUGUUUUCUACGAUUUCAAGUGUAUUUAAUCCAGCGGAUAACUUUAUAACCAUCUGGUGGUACAUAGAGCAUUUGUAAAAUUAAUUAACGUCUUUAUUUACAUACUACAGAAAAGUAUAGACCUUUUUUGCGCAGAGGUUCUAAGCAAUUGUCACGUAAUAUUUAAUUGAUAAAACACGUUAAUGAAUAUUCUAUGACACAAAUCUGAUAGAUCAUAUAUGUGUAAAGACAGAUUUCUGUUGCAUAAUUUGGGAGGCGAGGUAUUCCUUGGAACAUGUGAAUUGUCAUGUGAAUAUCAUAAUCGAAUAAUUAUUAUUCAUUACAUAUGAUUGGCAUCUUAAUCAUGUGAUGUACAUAUUUAAUUAACAUGUUUACCACGUGAUUUACUGACAAAUUUGGCUUUUCGUUUUACGUUCUAUAGAUUUAUCACGGUUUGUGUUAAACAAUUUAGAACACGUAUAAUUAACGGUUUUUUCUCACAAAUAUGUCCAUUGAUUGCUGAAAAACAUGAAAACACAUUUAUGAUAUAAAGCUCGAAGGGUUCAGUCUGGAGGUCUGUUUGUUUUCAUAAAGAUCUACUCGAAUAUUGUUUUUUUUUUUCUGUUUCUCCUGUAAAUUUUUUAAAUAAAGACAAAUUGAUAUAUGUUCAUUUAUUGCUGUCGCAGUAAAGCAAACAAAUACAAAUUAUUUUAUAUUGAAAUGCGCCGUUCGAAUUCGUGUGUAACUUUCUUUUGGGGUUUGGAGCUUUCAUAUUAUUGCGUUGGUACAAAUUUUCGUUGUUAGCCCAUACGACGAUUAGACAUACAGCAAUUUGCGUUGUAUUUUUAUUCAUGGUUAUAUAGGAACCACGAAAACAAAAAUGCAUAACAAUGAACGUUUCAUAUUAUACAAUAUUUAACGAAACAUGACAUGAUGGGCAAAAAACGUGUAUACAAAAAUCAUGACAGAUUUUGUUAUAUCAUUUAACGAUGUUCUUGUAUGCUUUGCAAAUAAAAAGAAGAGGAUGAACUUCA